CACGAAUAGUACGAGACUAGCAACAAUCAGGCGAAAAGCCUUGCAGCUGCAUAGCGAAACCCGCAUUCGCCGUCAGCAGGGAAGCAAGCACGAUGCACGUACCCGGACUGCUCUCGACUGAUCAUCAUUUAGAAGUGGAGAAGCCCACAGCUACAGAGAUGGAUUUGUUUUCGUGUGUGCUCCUACAUUUCUGUCCCGCUCCUCCCCAGCGUGGAUAUAAAUGUUUCCACGACCUCGAAAAUGAUAACCAGAAACAUCAUGUCAUUUCUCUAGUUCCAUCAGCAGCAGAGAUUCGCUCUUUUGCGACAGACCUAACAAGAAUGUCUCACUGGUCACCGGAAACGAUCAUCGCGCUCGUCACACUCAUUGCUACUGCUCCUUCCUCGUUACUCGUGUUCUGGGAUUUCUACGAUCGUCAUUAUCGCCGCCGUCACUUCUCUCCGCAGCCCCACCGCCUUGGUUUGUUGGACCCAUACUACUCUGGUUCCAUUUCUACCAACUUUAAGCUAAUUACCGGUAUGUGUCUUAUAGAUCCAGUUCCCGUUCACCCAAGGUCUCCCGACUCUCGUACACAGCAUGUCGCCCCGUCGGACUUGAUCGCGUAUCUACCACAUGACGCACAAUCUUAUUACCUUCGAGACAUUGAUGUACAAAUGGUUCGUUGUGGCUUCCUGUCUCUUAGUGGAUGCAGGAUUCAUGGACGGUCGGGAUUCAUGGAUGCUAACGGAUGAUGGUUGCAGCAUAUCCGGCAGUUGGGCGCGCAUGUUGAGCGUUCUUAGAAUCAGUCCUGGGAAUUGCAAUGUGUCGAGGAUGUGUCGAGGAGCGUGAAAAAUGGUGGAUUCCUCUAUCUAAUCGUAGAAUGACUUUGAGCGACCAAGACUGAGGUUUGAUUGGGGGGAGAGGGGAAGCCACUGAGUGAGGCGGUGCGCACUGUGCUUCAGGUUCUUUCACUACUGGUCCCUGUGGGCACCUUUCGUCAACGCGCUGGACUGCUGGUGCCGCGGCACUUUCUGCAGACCACGGCGGCCAAAGAGCUGACAGG